UCUUCUCUUUUAUUCAUCAAUCCAUAAGUAGGUAGAAAAAUAUCACAAGUUACUCAACAAUGAAAAGAGUGCUUCAUAAAGAACUUAAAACCAUUCCAAGCAUAAACAACUUGAAAGAAAGUCUAUUAGUUCUUCAGCUCAACCACCACUCAGAUGAUGAAUUCUUCAUCAAGAAAUGUUCAACUCCACCACCACCACUCUAUGAUGAUCAAUAUCUCAGUAAUGGGGAUGAGAAUGAUCAGCAUUUUGAGGAGCAACAACAAAUGGAGGAUGUCACAACCAACAUAAAGAAUAAAGGGUUUGAAAGAGUGCAAAAAGUUGCAUGCAACAAAGAAUAUCCAUCUCUAACAGAUUUUGAAGAGAUGAAUCCACCAAAUGGAAGAAGCCAAGAAGUGAUUCUCUACACAACAAGCUUGAGAGGUAUAAGGAAAACAUUUCAAGAUUGCAACACAAUCAAAUUCUUGUUGAGAAGCUUUAGGGUAAUCUACCAUGAAAGGGAUGUAUCCCUACACCUUGAAUAUAGAGAAGAACUAUGUAAGAUCUUGGGUGGAAAAGUAUUACCUCCUAAGCUUUUCAUUAAGGGUAGGUACAUAGGAGGAGUUGAUGAAGUUAUAGGAUUACAUGAGAAUGGUUGGCUUGGGAAGCUUCUAGAAGGAACACCAAUUGAGUUUGGUGAAGGCCAUUGCAAUGGAUGUGCAUGCAUGAGGUUUGCUAUUUGCUCUAAUUGUAAUGGUAGUUGCAAGGUCUUCACCAAGAAUAAUGGGGACAAUAACAAUGGUGAAUUGUUCAUUAGAUGUGCUGAAUGCAAUGAGAAUGGACUUGUCAAAUGCCCAAUUUGCUGCUAGAAAUUUGAUCCAAACAAACAAGAGCAAAUUACAAUUAUAAAUGAUAAGUUACUACCAGAAUCAUGCAAGUUAUCGACAGAUUUCUAAACAUAAAAUAAGUCGAUAUAUCGCAUGUUUCUGGUAGUAAGCUUUAGUGCAACUACAAGGCAAAUGUCUCAUGCAUUGAGCUAUCUUUUUUUGUUUCUAAUACUAAGUUUCUAUGAUCCCUCUUCUUUGUGGAACAUAUUUAUU